UUCGAAAGCGGUAAAAAUGGCUGAACCUAUUCGUGUUGUUGUGACGGGAGCUGCUGGUCAGAUAGCUUACUCCUUGCUCUACAUGAUCGCGAGGGGAGAAGUUUUUGGAAAGGAUCAGCCACUCAUACUGCACUUGUUGGACAUACCACCAAUGGUUGGAGUACUGGAAGGUGUUGUUAUGGAACUUGCUGAUUGUGCAUUGCCACUGCUCCGUGAAGUGGUGCCCACAACUGAUCCACUUGUUGGAUUUAAGGAUGUUUCUGCAGCAUUCCUGGUGGGUGCCAUGCCACGCAAGGAGGGCAUGGAGCGCAAGGAUUUGCUCUCCGCUAACGUGAAAAUCUUCAAAGUCCAAGGUGAAGCCUUGGACAAGGUUGCCAAGAAGGAUGUUAAGGUGCUGGUUGUGGGCAACCCAGCCAACACCAAUGCGUUGGUUUGCUCAAACUACGCACCCUCCAUUCCCAAAGAAAACUUCUCGGCGAUGACACGUCUUGAUCAAAACCGUGCUGCUUCGCAGUUGGCUAACAAAAUGGGUGUGCCCAUUACUAGCGUUAGCAACGUAAUCAUCUGGGGCAAUCACUCUUCGACACAAUAUCCGGAUGCCAGCCAAGGAACAAUUCUCAUUAAUGGCGAGUGGAAACCCAUUGCGCAAGCUGUUAAUGACAACGCUUACCUACAAGGCUCAUUCAUUGAGACUGUGCAAAAGCGUGGUGCUGCUGUAAUUGGCGCCCGCAAAAUGUCGUCAGCCAUGUCGGCUGCCAAGGCCGCCUGCGACCAUAUGCACGAUUGGUGGAACGGCACUGCACCUGGCAAGUUUGUCUCCAUGGGUGUCUUCUCCGAUGGCAGCUAUGGCUCUCCCAAGGGUGUGGUCUUCUCGUUCCCCGUUGAAAUCAAGAACAAACAAUGGAAGAUUGUUGACAAUCUACCCAUUACUGACUUUGCCAAGGGCAAACUAAACGUCACGGGCACAGAGCUGCAGGAGGAGAAGGACGAAGCGAUGUCUGUGUUGGAUUCCAAUUGACUAGCCGGCGUAGGGGACUCAAAGUUGUAGAGAGCAUAGCACAAGUUGCAACUUUAGAGGUAGAAGCAAACUUAUGGUUUUCUGUUAUAUUUGCAUUUAGAAAUUUAACAUAUACACAUUGCAAUAAAUACACUUUUUUGUAA